AUGUCGGUCUAUUCAUGUCUAUUCAUAUCUAUUCUAUCUCUAUCUAUCUAUCUAUCUAUCUAUCUAUCUAUCUAUCUAUCUAUCUAUCUUAGGCUGCUAAUCUCUCUCCCCACUCUCUCUGUAUAUAUCAUUUUGUUCAUAUCUAUCUGUCUACCUAUUUCUCUCUCUAUCUGCCUGUCUGUCUGUUUGCCUGUGUUUGACUAUCAUUCCGAUAUCCAUUACUCCACCGUGCCUCUCUCUCUCUCUCUCUCUCUCUCUCUCUCACUCUUACUUUUUUCUUUUUCCCUUUCAUUUUUUUUCAUUCUUUAUUAUUUUUUAUAUUUUUCCUUUAUUUUAAUUUUUCCUUCUUCUUCUAGAUUACUUUUUUAUUUGCUUUUUUUUUCUUUCUUCUUUAUUCCUCCCUUUAGUUUUUUUCACUCUUUGUCUUUCUUUCUUUUUUUUUAUUUUUCCCUUUUAUUUGUUCUUUUCCUUCAUUUUAUUUCUUUCUUCUUUAUUUAUCCCUUUAGUGUUUCUUUUUUUCAUUAUUUUUCUCCUAUCAUAUUUUCCUUCAUUUUUUCUUUAUAUUACCGUUUUUUAAAUGACUAUUUAAUUCGUUUCUUCUUUAUCAUUCUUUCUUCAUUUUCUUUCUCAUUUUCCUUCCAUAUUUCUCUUUCCUUUCUUCCUUUCUUUCUUCGUUUAUUUGGCUCCUUUCUUUUCUUUAUUCUUUUUUUUCUUUAUUUUUCUUUCCAUUUUUCUUCAAUUAUUUCUACUUUCUUUUCCCCUUUUUCCUUUUUUCUUUCAUUCAUUCUCUCUAUUUUCCUAAAUAUAUCUUACAUAUUUAUAAUUCUCUCUCUCUCUGCCCUCUUGUCUCUCUUGUCUCUCUCUCUCUUUCUGUGUGAUUUAAAUAUUGAUGGCACAUCUGGUCCCCCCUCUCUCUCUGAUUUAAAUAUUGCUGCCACAUCUAGUCUUUCUCUCUCUCUCUCUCUGAUUUAA